AUGGACGACUUUUCAAUUACACCGGGCACAUGUCCACCUACACCAAAUGAUUGUCUUGUGAAAUGUAAUAAAAAUGGUACAUGCAUUCCGUCUUCAAAAGUAUGUGAUUUCAAUUGGGAUUGUCCGAAUGGUGACGAUGAAACAAUAUGCGGAUAUAAUUGUGAUUUUGAAAAUUCAAUAUGUAACUAUACAGAUCCAUCGGCAGGCGAUUAUAAAUGGAAACGACAACGUGGUGCAACACCAGGUUCUAACACAGGUCCUACAUUUGAUCAUACUACUCUUUCGUCAUCUGGUUGGUACAUGUAUGUCGAUGCAGCGAACGGAUCGAUUGACGACCGAGCUCAUUUAAUCUCACCCGUAUUUCAACAAUCAUCAUCAACAUGUGAAUUGACAUUUUUCUAUCAUAUGUUUGGACAAAAUAUUGGACAGUUAGAAGUGUUAUCUAUUGAAGGAAUUCAAAUGAGUCGUUUAUGGAGCUUGACUGGAGACCAAGGAAAUCGUUGGAAAAAAGCAGUAGUGAAAAUUGGACGACUCGUCAAACCAUUUGUCAUCUUGAUUGAUGCCAAGAAAACCUCAAAUACCUAUGGUGAUAUCGCGAUCGAUGAUAUUUUAUAUAGCGGAUGUGACCUCAUUCAAACAAACAUGACAUGUACGGAUGAACAAUUCCAAUGUAAACGAGGUGGUUGUGUGGGUAUUAGCCGUUUAUGUGAUUACACAGAUGAUUGUGGGGAUAUGUCUGAUGAAAAUAAUUCAACGUGUUCCAAUACGCAUACGAUGGAAGGAUGUAAUUUUGAACGUGAUUCUUGUAAAGUGAUGGAAAUGCCCUUCAAUGAUUUAUUGUGGCAACGAGCGCGUGGUGCUCAAUUGACAUCAUUCUAUGCGCCACAGCGGGAUCACACGACCAAUUCGUUAAGCGGUUAUUAUUUGUAUGUGGAUACUACAGGACAACAAGGCAAUCAAUACUCUCGUUUAAACAGUCGUAGUUUUGAAUCAUUGGAUAAUUGUACCGUUCGGCUUUAUUAUUAUGUAAAUGGCAUUAAUCCCGGUAUGUUAUCUGUAAUAGUAAGGUCAGAAAAUGGUGGACCCUAUACGUAUCUGUGGUCAACAUCGAAAAUUAUUGGUUUUCAUUGGGAACGUCAAGAAGUGCGAAUACCAAAGGGCGCAUUGUUCGAAUUAAUUCUUGAAGUGAAAACGUUAAAUGGAGGCGGAACAAAUGGAUUUAUUGCUGUGGAUGAUCUCUCCUUUUCGUCACAAUGUGUGGGUGGAACACCAUCACUACCAUUUGGAACUCAACCCAAUGGCACAACCACAUCACCAAAACCUUGUACAUAUCGAUGUGACGAUGGCACGUGUAUCGGACAAGAAAAAGUGAGGCUUGAACGUUGUGAUUUCAUCAACGAUUGCCGAAACGGUGAAGAUGAAGUCAAUUGUGGACCGUGUGAUUUUGAACAAUCACAGUGUGGAUGGAAUGAUGACAGUACGGGCUACUACGUUUGGGCAAAACGAAAAGCGUCAGCAAUAACACUCAUGCCUGCUGAUUUAACAACAAAUCUUACAAAUGGUAGUGUAAUGACGGUGGCAAGUGGCGCAGGCACAUAUGCUGGCAGUAGUCGAUUAGUAUCAGAGCGCAUAGCCUCAACGGCAGCCUCCUGUGAAGUGAUGUUUGGUUUCUAUCGUAACCGUGAUACUGAUGGCACGUUAGCACUCUAUCUGGAAGGUGAUACCGGCAGUCCAACAAAGUUGUGGGCUGCUGACAGCAUUACGGGUCGUUUCUGGAGACCGAUCACGGUUAGCAUUGGUCGACGACGAACUGGUUUCCGACUCGUUUUUAUUUCUACUCAUGUUGGUUCAACAUCAGUCGCAUCUGACAUUUCGAUUGAUGACGUUAAGUUACAUGAUUGUCAGAUAGCAGCACCAGGUAGUUGUGAAGCUAUUCCCGACCCAUUUCAAUGUACAAUAAAUAAAAAUUGUAUCUCGAAAGACAAUCUGUGCGAUUACAGUGACGAUUGUGGCGAUAAUACAGAUGAACUGGAAUGUGAAACGUACGUUGAAAUGUGUAGUUUUGAAGUAUCAACUAACAAAAUGUGUGGUUGGACUGAUGAUUAUGAUGCGGACUAUCAGUGGAAACGCCUUCGUGGUGAUGAUUUAUUCACAGAUUGGUAUGAUUUCGAAUGGUCAAUUUAUGGACCCGAUCGAGAUCAUACACUUGGAACAUCGAAAGGAUAUUUCCUAUUUCUUGAAACAUCGGCCCCUCAUAAACCAAAUGACACAGCAAGAGUUAUAAGCCCGGUAUUUGCACCAACAACUGAUGGUUCUUGUCAAUUUCGUUUCUGGUACCACAUGUACGGAGUGGAUAUUAAUGCAUUAAAUAUAUACACUCGAACUACUGUUGGAGGUCCCAUGACACUUCGAUGGAGUAAAAGCGGUUCUAAAGGGGAUGAAUGGUUACGCGCUAAAGUUGGCCUUAUGAGUCCUGAAUCAUUUGAAGUACUCAUUGAAGGAGUUCGAGGUCUAAGUUACGAAGGUGAAAUUGGAGUGGAUGAUACAUCUUUUACACCUGGUUGUCGACUGCAAUCACAAGUAACAUUGCCACCACAUUCAUAUUCAACAACAGCAAGUCCUUAUUGUAAUUCAACUCAUUCCCAUUGUGAAAUUGGUAAACAAUGUAUACCAAAAGACCAGUUCUGUAAUUUUAAUAUUGAAUGUACCGAUCAGACAGAUGAAAAACCGUGUCCCCAAGCAUGUGUCUUUGAUGGAAAAACAUUAUGUCUAUGGGAAAAUGAUAGAAAAGCCGAACGCAGAUGGGAAUUCGGUAGUGGAAAAACUCCGUCGAUUGACACAGGGCCAAAUACAGAUCACACAACUUUGAGUACCGAUGGCAAUUAUAUUUACUUGGAAACAAGCGAUGGUAUCACUGGUCACAAAGCACGUCUCAUCAGUCCACUUUAUAGGAAAUCAUCAAAAACUUGUGCGUUUACAUUCUGGUAUCAUAUGUUUGGUGAAACAGUGAAUACAUUGAAUAUUUUAAUACGUGCUGGUACGAGCGAUAGUCUACUAUGGACAUUAUCGGGAAAUCAAGGCAAUGAAUGGAAUGCAGCAAGAGUCAGCUUACCUCAAUGUGCAUCAGAAUUUCGUAUUAUUGUUGAAGGCAUUCGUGGAACAUCUUACACAGGUGAUAUUGCACUUGAUGACUUUCGAUUCGAAGAUUGCUACGAAAAAAAACCAACGUCAUGUGGUUUAUUACCCGGAAAUGCGUUUACCUGUAACAGUGGCCACUGCGUUCCUAAUUCAAAUAAGUGCGAUUUUGGCCUUGAUUGUUGUGAUGGUACGGAUGAAGAUCCGAAUAUAUGCUAUGAUUACAACAGAUGUGAUUUUGAGGAAUCACUUGGUAUGUGGGAACCUACUGCAGAAACUCAACUAAACUGGGAAAGAUAUCGAGUAGACAGUAGACCAUUUCAAGCUCGUCCACCAUACGAUCAUACAAAACAGUCGCACUUGGGACAUAUUUUACAAGUCCGAACAAACUCAACUAUUGCACGCGGAACAAAAGCAUUAAUUUCAACUGUGAUGGGUAUACCGAGUUCAGGCUGUACUCUGCGAUUUUGGUAUUACUUCAAAGGUGAUAAUGGUGGAACAUUAUCAGUCUAUUAUCGUUAUGCAAUUGGAGAUGUUUUUCAAUCAUUAAUAACAUUGACAGAUGCAACAGCAUAUUGUAAAACAAAUGAGACAUGUCGAUGGGAACGUGUUCAAGUGCAAUUAGACGCAUUGAAAGAGCCGAGUGAAAUUACUAUUGGUGUAACAACUGGACCAAAUCAAGAUAGUAUAAUGGCACUCGACGAUAUUACUUUUACACCACAGUGUGCAAAAUAUAAUGGAACACGGCCAAUUGUCACAACACGAACAACAGGAUCCACAACAACUACUGUUCAUGAUCCCACAGCAACUACUAGAACUCAAGGUCCCACAGUAACUAUUAGUACUCAAGGCCCAUUAGAUUGUUCAAAUUAUUGUCUGAAUGGUGGUAUUUGUAAACCGGCUCAAAACACGAACAACAAACCAACAUGCCAAUGUAAACCCAAUUAUACUGGUGAUAGAUGUGACCGGAAAAAGCCAUCGAAGAGUAAUGCUGGUGUUAUUGCGGGUUCUAUUAUUGGUGCCUUAGUUGUUAUUGGUAUCGUUGCUUUUGUACUUUUAUAUGUUCGACCAAAAUUAAAACGAAAUGAACAUACCAGACUAGUAGAACCAUUAUUAACUACGACAUCAAUUAUGAAUCCAGCAUUUGAAAGUAUUACUGGUGCAACAAAUAACGAUAGAUCUGGUACAUCGGAUGCUUAG